AUGGUCAACCCCACCGUGUUCUUCAACAUCGCCGUAGACGGUGAGCCCUUGGGCCGUGUCUCCUUCGAGCUGUUUGCAGACAAAAAUUAUUCCAGGGUUUAUUGCCAGGGUGGUGACUUUACACGCCAUAAUGGAACUGGCGGCAAGUCCAUCUAUGGGGAGAAAUUUGAUGAUGAGAUCUUCAUCUUGAAGCAUACAGGUCCCGGCUUCUUGUCCAUGGGAAAUGCUGGACCCAACACAAACGGUUCCCAGUUUUUCAUCUGCACUACUAAGACUGAAUGGUUGGAUGGCAAGCAUGUGGUUUUUGGCAAGGUGAAAGAAGGCAUGAAUGUUGUACAAGCCAUGGAGGGCUUUGGGUCCAAGAAUGGCAAGACCAGCAAGAAGAUCACCAUUGCUGACUGUGGACAACUCUAAUAAAUUUGAUUUGUUUUAUCUUAAAUUACCAGAUCAUUCCUUCUGUAGCUCAGGAGAGCACCCCUUCCAUCCCGUUUGCUCGCAGUAUCCCUAUAAUCUUUGUGCUCUCGCUACGAUUCUUUGGGUUCCAUAUUUUCCUUAUUCCCUUCCACAUCUAGUUGGAUU